AGCAGGCCCAGAGAAGUUAAGCGACUUGCGCACAUCACGCAGUUAGUAGGUGGUGAAGUCGAGAUUUGAAUUCAGACAGCCAAGAUCCAGAAAUUGUGAUGCUCCCGGCAACUGCUACGCUUCAAGAGUUAAAGUCUGCGAAAGUGCUUGUGUAAAGGGCCCCAGCAUGAAUUCUAACCAUGGCCUUGGUUCUGCAGCUGCUGCCGCUGCUGCUGUGGAGGGCCCAGGGGAACCCCGGGGCUUCACUGGACGGCCACCCCGGGGACCGGGUGAAUCUCUCCUGCGUAGGGGUCUCGCAACCCACCCGCUGGGUCUGGGCACCUAGAUUCCCGGCCUGCAAAGGCCUGUCCAAAGGACGCCGCGCGAUCUUGUUGGCCUCACCGAGCGGGACCCCCACCGUGUCUCCCGUCCAGCCCUUUGCUGGCCGCCUACGUGCCCUGGACCUUGAUAUCCGGCGGCUGGAGUUGCUCCUGAGCGCGGGGGACUCGGGCACCUUUAUCUGCAAGGGCCGCCAAGAGAACGAGAGCCGUACGGAGCUUCACGUGCUGGGGGACCGGGCCUACUGCAGAGCUCCGGGGCCUACCCACGGGUCCGUGUAUCCCCAGAUUCUAAUCCCGCUGCUGGGCGCUGGCCUGGUGCUGGGACUCGGAGUAUUGGGCUGGGCCUGUUGGCUGCGCAGGCGCUCGCCCCCUCACCCGCCUCGACCACCCCCCAGAUUUGUUCCACUCGUGAAAGCGGAGCUGCAGAGGCCAGGAGAGGAGGAAGAGCCCAAGAUUGCAGGGGACCUGGACCAGGAGCCGAGCCUGCUCUACGCAGACCUGGAUCAUAUGGCCCUCAGAAGAUCCUGCCGACUGUCCCCAAUGGUCCCUGCUGAUUCCUCCACCACCUAUGCGGUUGUAGUUCGAAAGGAAGCCCUUACUACCUCACAAGCUGGGGGCUCCCAGCUCUCCAUAACACCCCUCCCCUUCUUGGCCCUUCACCUGGACAAGGAAGGCACCAUGGUAUAGAAAUGAGCACUAGACUGGGAGUCAGGAGACGGAGGAUCCAGGCUAUCUCUGCUGCUGAUCUUGGUCCUUCCUUACCCCCAUCUCUCACACAGCUUUCAGGUCUCCUUCACCACUGAUGUCCUUUCUAAACCUGAUCAAGCCCUGUCUCCCUAUCUUAAGACAUCAACAACUCCUAGAUUUUUGCUCUAUCUCUUCCCUUCUCUCCACAGUCAAGCUCUUUGAACCAAGGGCCUACACCUUUCUCUUCCAUUUUUUUCUUCACUCCACUCCCACUGCUCACGUGCUCUCCAUGAGAUUGCCAGUGAUGUCCUAAUAACCACACCCACUAGACAUUUAUUAGCAUUCAUCUGGCUUGGCCUUUGAUUGCUCUUAUUUAAGCUCUGUUUUUCUUUAAUGCUGUUGUCUUCCUUCUGGACUCCUCCUCCUUGCUCCCUACCUCUACAGUAUUCUCCACCAUUCCAGGUUUGUCUUUUUCUUUAUCUGCCUUCUCCCUCUCCUGGGAUGCUGUCAUCCACAGCCAGUCCUCAGCCUUUUUCUCUGCAAGCAACAUCAAGAACUCUCUCCAGUUCAGAUCUCUGAUAUGAGAUUUCCAAACUGUCCCUCAGACAUCCCUGCCUGGCUGGCCCUAGGCAUUCUGCACACAGCAGGUCCAAAACCCAACUACUGUCAUCUCCCAAGCCAUUUACUUAAUCUUUCCUCCUCUGCAUUCUCUCUUGAUCAAACCCAUUGCCCAAGCCAGAAAUGGAGAGUCAAGUAGACCUCCUUCCUCUCACUCCCACGCGAUAAACCAAGUCCUGUCUUUCAAUUUUAAUGUCACUGUCAAAUGCACACCCUUUUCACACCCAGCACUGCCACCUGAAUGUACUCUUUAUUUCCUCCCUGGAUUACCCAUAGCCCCACCUCAUCCUCCUGCCCUUGUUCUCCUCCCUGAAGCUAGAGAUAUUCUCCCCAAAUGCUAACCUGCUCCUGACAGCCUAUAUUUCAGCAGUAUUUCAGCUCUGGGCCCAUGGGCCUCAGCUUUGGGUUCAAGGUGCUACAGUACUCUACUUACUCUCCAGGCUUAUCUCUGUCACUAAGUGCCUAGAACAGGACAGCCUUAGAGAAAUUCUCCCAGCCCCCAAAUAUGCCUUUGCCCAGUGCAAUUUCUUCUUCCUGGAUUAGCCUUUGCCUCCUCCCCACUAUCUGCCUGGCUAAUUCUUAUUUAUCCUCAGGACUCAGUUCAAGUGUAGCCUUUUCUGGGAAGCUAUUUCUGACCCACUUUGCCCACCCCUGCAUACACUCUGAUGCCCUAGGGAGCCCCCUUAUUUCUCUCAUAGCAACAGCCUCCUGUGAAUUGUUCCAUUACAACCUGUAUUUCAAUUUAUAAGAAAUUUUCAUGUACUGUGAGUCCCCUGAUAUCAGCAGACUGACCCUUUUUAUAUCACCGCUAAGCCUCAGUAAAUGAGUGAAAAUGAAUAUCCCUGGAAAUGUCAU